AUGGCCGAUUUAAACAGAAAAGCACCAGAGACUAUUGACUCUCCGCUAUUGAUCGGACUUCCCGAGGGAACACCACGGAUUGAAUAUACCAAUAUGGAGGACAUUAGGUGUCUAGUGAAUAAAAGGGCUCAACUAUGCUGCUUGGAUUCUUCCAAAAGCGAAUUUAUCAUAGUUAUAAAUAUACCACAUACGUUCCUUCAAGAUUUUGAUAAUGUCUAUCCGGAUAAAGGACCAAGAAUAUCUACCAAUCUUCGGGAUAGAGUCUUUAUUCUCGAGACUAUGGUUGGCAAAAUACAUGAAAUCGCAGCUCGAGGGCUUGAGGGAUAUCUUAGAGAAAAGAUUAGAGAUAUGAAUCUCAAUUAUAUCACUACCCGUUCCGGAGAAGGCCGGGCAACCAGCGAUACUUUUACCAAGGAGCCUGAUGGAAGCUUUACCUUACUGGACCGCGAUUGGCCAAUAUUAGUUAUUGAAGCCGGAGUAUCUGAAUCGGAGGCCAAAUUAAAUAUUGAUGCUCGUGGAUGGCUAGAAUCACCAAAGCCAGAAACGGAAGUCGUUAUUAUAAUUGAAAUUAAUCGACAUUCUCCGGAAAUUACCUUUAAAAAAUGGGAAAAAUCAUCUUCCACGCCAGAGAGAGGAACAUGCUCCUACCACCAACCGGCGAUAUCGAACGAGAUUGUCCACGCCAAGUAUCAGAAUGAUGUGGCCGAAAUUACUGGCGAUAUGGUUAUCCCAUUGGCGAAGAUAGCCGGCCGCGGGCCGCAAAAUUCCAACGAGAAUGACAUCACUGUCACAAAAGCGGCAUUUGAAGAGAUAUGCAAGGAAGUGUGGGCAGCCCAGAAGUUUCUAAAAUAA